GGGAUGUUGUGCAGCAGGCAGGUUUCACAGCAUUUUACUUGCUUUACGGCACCCACGUGUGUGCAUUUCCUUUCGCCUGCUGGCGGCUGUCUGCAGCUGGUUGUUGCUGCUGGAAAGCGCAGUCAGGGUUAGUAGUUGACUAUGGCAACUCAGUUCCUGUGGAAGGCAGCAGCCAUGGUGGAGAGACACAGGACUGGUUUUCUGAUUGUUUCCUGCACUGGACUUCUUGGCACAAACCUGGCCUUUCACAUUGUUCCUCAGAAAACAUUCAAACCAUUGUAUCAGGCCUGGGCUAGUGGGCAACCCAAGGUUUCAGAAAAAUUACACAGCCUUUUCAAUGAAGUUCUCCGUGAUCUCCAAGUGAAGUCAGAAAAUCAUUACCAAGCUUUUGCAUCUUUCAGCUUCCACCCAGUUAGUGCUGGAGUUCCAUGGCUACCUGCAGGCUGUGUUGUGGGCGUCCCCGUCAGUUUUGGUGAAACAGCUGACGACGAGCAUGGAAUUGUCAACCGUGUUGUUGUGGUUGAAGGCAAAGAAGUAGACUGGAAGAGCCCAGAAGGCCUGGCCUUGAAGGAAGCCUUGAUCCUUUCUUUGGAGGCUCAGAAGUUUGCCAUUGCAAGAGAGGUCAUGUACUUGCAAAAUAACAGUCCCUUAAUACAUGCAGCUGUUGCUCCCGUUUGUCUAGCUGGGACUUACAUCUCUGCAGUAGCUGUAAAGCAGCUUCUGGGUCUAUAUUCUGGACCUGUGGUGUUACGAGGCCUUUAUAACGUAGCUGUUGCCAUGAUUGGAUUUGUGGGUUAUUGUCUGUCAUACAAUACUGUGAGCCAUGCAGUAGAUUAUAGGACAGACAGAAGCACAGCCACCAUUUCCACUGACUUUGCCAAAGGUGGAGUGGAGUUCUAUAAUAAAACCUUGGCCCGGAAUAAGAUUCUUCGUACGCUCAUGGGCAAACAAGGGGAGAAAACAUAUGCCCCAAAUGGUAAUCUUUUCCCCAGAUACUGGUUCAGAUUAAAACAUCCACCGUACACUUCCAGAAGAGACCUGGUUCUUAGUAUUUUAAGCAUGUCCCAAGCAUAGGAAGGUCAUGAUUCAAUAUUAAACUUGUAAAAUAUG